CAAAACAAUUACCCGGUACGUCGUUCACGUGAUUCUUGAAACCGAAAUGGACGCCGUGUCUCGCGGAGUUAAAGUGCAGCUCCCCAAUUAUUUGAGAUCCCUGCCAAUCCCUUCCACAUUUGGCGGAUUUCUAAAGCUUUCUGGCAGUGAAUGGGUGCAGCUUGUACCAUUGGUGGUGACAACCUCUGUGGCUGUGUAUCUCGUAGUUUCAGCUCUGAUUCCAUCGAAGCCAAAAAAAAAAGAACAUGAGUGGGUGAACAAGACAGUAGAGAAGGAGAAGGAAAAAGUUGCUGAUACAUUUCAAAUUGAAGACCUAGGAGACAAAAUGGUUUGUUGCCGUUGCUGGAAAUCGAAGAAGUUCCCUUACUGUGAUGGUAGCCACAACGAACACAACAAGGAAACUGGAGACAAUGUGGGUCCUAUUAUUGUCAAGAGAGCAAACCCUUCCUCUUGAAAGAGAUUCCUCUGUGCCUUGCAAAAUGUAAUCUUUUGUGCUCAGCCAGCAAGUAGUCUUAAGUAGACAGUCUAAAGUAAAUGUCAAAUUUUGUAGAUAUUCCAGUUUUAGUGUGCAGGUUGCAUGGAUUGAUUCCCUUGGCUAGGUGUUGGGUUUUUUCAAAAUUUCUCUGUUUGUUCAAAGAUCACAGUGAAUGUAUUUUAGAUACGAAUAUUUUGCAUUUGACAAACACUUUCCAUUGUGAAGCUACUAAUUAUUUUUUCAACUGAAUAAAACUGAUGUAGACACUUC